GCAACGCUUGCGCACCUAUGUGUUUGAUCAAUGUGCGUCCGCGUAUUGCACCUGACAAAGCCCCGCGAUAUUACAACCAAGAAUACAACCCAUUUUAGCGACCAGCAGCAGAACGCAUGCAACGGGCGCGCGUGUUGUACGUGUUGUUCAUUAUACACAUUUUGAGCCAUGCGCGUGCACCAUAAACACAAGCCAAUUUGUUUUGGGCGCGUUUUUAAUUAAUUAGCAAAGAUAAGUUUAAAAUGAAGUUUAAAACUUUUUGAAUGUGCGUUUGCUGAGCCAACGAUCAGUGUUCAAAUGGAAAUAAAUCUGUUGUUAAGUGUAGUGUUGCUUUUAAAGUGCGCGCAUGGGGAAUACCUGAAUCUUACCAAUUUAUCUAAGAUAAAAGAAGGCAUUGAAUUGGCCGCGCUUGAAAAUGCAUUCCGACACGUCCAGAGCAGUUACAAACUGGAGGACUUCUUCUGGACUGGAUCUGGCGAUGGGCCAACCGGACCAGAGGACGAAACUGAUUACACUACUGUGUUCAGUACAAGCACGAGUACUAAAACCGUUUACGUGACUUCAACAGCAUACACUCCGCCAACUACUACCAGUGCAACCACUGUGUGUCAGUCUUGUGAUGGUUCAACUAUUGAACCAACAGCGUACGAUUACGAUUUGGAUGCCGAUAAAGAGUUUUGGCUACUCACUGUGUUGAAAAGCGAUGGGAAAGAUCCGGAUAUCGUUGAUUUGAGGAAAAGUUUAGCGAACUUAUACAAGAAGGCGUUUCUAAGGCAACAGGCCAAACAUUUAGGCAUAAAUCCACGUAUAAAACGCGAAGAUAAACCGAUCAAUGUUUAUAUACAUAAAAUUGACAGGCAACCCAUCAAUGGCGAGGAUAAAAUUGAAGUGGUUUAUCAUGUUGCCGUAUCUGGACAACCUGUAGAUGCAGUUACUGCUUCCGAAGACAUGCGAUUGGUGACUGAUAAGGAAGUUAAAGAGGAACUUGGGUUUCCGUUUCUAGUCAAAGCCGAACCUUAUAUUAAACCAACAGUCGCUCAAGAACUUGCUGAAGUAAAAUCCACGUGGUUGUUUAUAAGCAUUUCAUUAAUAAUAUUAAUCAUAUUGAUAUUGGGUGUUAUUUUGAUUGCGUUUUGUAUAACUAAGCGGAACCCUGAUGACAAACAAAAGAAAGUGUUCGGGGAACGUGAAGGGCGACUUAAUGAAGCUUUUCAAACUGAUGCGGUGGAUUCUAGGUCUUAUACAAGUGGUAGACGUAAUCAGAAUCCAUCCCCUACGUAUAUUAACUUCCGAACACAAGCAUCAACAGAAACACUUACAAAUAUUCGCCCUAAUAGCGGUCUCAGUUCAUCAACUUUGUCGAGUAAUAGCAGUGUCGACAUAUCGCCCCUGAUGGCACUCGGAAAACCGCGCAAACUUCAGCGCCCGAAAGCCGCCGUCAACAAAACGGUGCCAUUAAAUGUAGCGCCAAGUAAUUUAUCCACAAGUAGCAGUAGUAGUACAUUAAGCGACGCUAUCUACGUUGGACAUCAUGAUCCAGGUGUUAUCAGCCCUAAAUCAUAUUUAUCCAUGCCGUCCGUAAAAGCGUUCCCAAAAGGCAAUAAUCCCGAGCCGUUGAACAAAGUACUGGAGCCCCUGAGCGUGCAUCAUUUAGACAUGCACGACCCGGACGAGUUUACAAUCAGCCGACACGGAAGCCUAGGUGCGUCAGAAGAUCCUGGCGUGAUAGGCCCGGUUGUUUGGAAUCUACACAAACAUCGCAUGCAACAGCAAGGCUUGGAUGAUGGGGACAUCGAUGACGGGCAGCCGACGAACGUCUCGAAGAUGCGCAAGCGAUUCCAUGAAUUACUCGAUGACACAUUCAGUUUGUUCGGAAGCAGAAGAGAAAGUCCAAUGCAUAAACCGAUACAAGUUAAGAGUCAAUCUGCAAUGGAUCGAAACUUUGAAAUUAAACACGACCCACCAAGACCCAAAACAACCGAACCUCGUCGCACUAUUGAAGGCCCCAAAGGCGCCUGGAUGAGUACUGCCCCAUCGCCAUUAGUCCGCCCAAUCAGUGCACCCUUUGAUAGACCCUACACCGCGCCUCGAAUAAACCGCGAAUUAAUAUUAGUUAAUGGCGUGCUAAAAGAAAACGACCCGGCGAUACCGUUGAUUGAGGAAAUCAAAAAGGAAAUCGACAAGUGUUCAACGCCAAAUUUUGAUAAACCUGGUACCAGCAAACAAAAUUAAACAAUAAAGUAGGCCAAUCGGUUUUUAAUAAAAAUUUUGAAUGACUAAUGUGUUAGCGUUUGCAAUAAUCUUGAGUUGUUAACUACUGCAUCGAAUGUUUGAAAUUAUAGUGUUUAACAUACUUGAUACAGAUUUAUAUAAUAAACUUGAUGUUUUUAUUAAUAA